GUUACCGGAUCUGGUUACCGACCAACCCAAACAGGAAGAACCGCUGUUUCCGUUCUAAGAAGUAGAAACUCCCUCUCUUCUUCACUUCCGUCUUACUGCUGCAUUCCCUCUGAAAAGGUGGAAUGUUACCCCUCUGGCGCCCCCGGCAGGCCAUGGAGCUACUGCAGUCCCAGCAGGACAAUCUGAGCCUGUGGCUUUCAGCAGAUUCUGCUCACAUGCUCAAUGAGUGCGGAGACAUUUUAAGUGUAAAUGAACAUAAAAAGAUAACAGAGAAGCCGAAGGAAGAGCAGAUGAGCCUCCUGCUGGAAAUGAUCAUUAGAAAAGGACCAGAUACCUGUAAGGCGUUCAUGGACAUCCUGAGGAGGAAUCAGGGACGGUACCAUCAGCUCCAGCAGUUCUUCAGUUCCUCCUCUGAUGAUUUGCCUGUUACAUCAAUGUUUGCUGAUGAAAACAGUGUUGUGACCAGCAGAACGCUCCGUAAUAUAAAUACGAAAUCUCUCACAUGCAACGUGGAAACAGUGAGCAGCCCAAGAGGAAAUUCAUCUGGUAAUUCUGCAUCUGGCGCUCGUUAUACUGCAACAGGUGGGAGUGUCAUCAUUGCUGACAGGAUAGACGGAGCCAAUGCUGAAAACAUAAACCUCUCUGUGAACAUUAGACCAUCCCAGGUCCCCUCAGCUCCAGCAGAAACUGCUGACGAUCUUUGGCAGCAUCCUGCUGGAAAGAUGAUCAAAGAGAAGAAGGUGAAGCUGAUCGAAUGCCUGAUGGCCGAUCAUUGCUACGUCCUGCAGCUCGUCCACCAGAAAUCCAUCGUCUCACUCAGAGAAUACCAGAACCUGAAGUCUUCCUCCAGCCCACAAGAAACCAUCACCGGGCUUCUGGAUCUGGUUCUCGGCAAAGGACCAGAGAAAUGUGGCAACUUCCUUCAGCUUCUCAAAGAUCCUGAAGUUCUGGACACAUUUCCACUGGUCAGGGACAUUUUAGACAUUAGACAUCAAAAUUAAUAUGUUAAAUAUUAUUUUCUGUUGAUGCUCUAAUUUUAGAGACGGCGCUGUAUUAAUCAUAUUUAGGAUGAAUAAUGUUUGAAUCCAGACUUUUAUUUUAGUACCAAACAGCACCUGGGUAAAAUUAACCCUGUAAUAUUAUUAAUAA